GCUUUGGGCAUCAUCGGGGAGUUGAUGUUGCAUCCAUGGACUUUUUAUGGUUGCGUCCAACUUCUUGAAUUAUGAGGACACUGUAUAUAGAAUACAAUACUAUACUGUAGAAUACUAUCAAUGUGAAUACGGUGUUGAAGAUAGGCUACUCGACAAAAUGUACACAUCGUACUAAACACCUUUCCCUUUCGUUCACUCCUCAGGUAUUUCUCCAAAUGUCAUAAAUCACACACAUAGAAACGUAGAUUGAUUACGCAUAAUGGAACCUUAAAUAGUUAGCCUCAAAGAUGACACCAUGACUUGAAAACAGAAACAACUCAGAUACAAAACAGAGAAUUGGGGAGCAUCACUGUGCUCGUUUUAACCCUUAUGGCAAAAAAAAAAAAAACGUUUUCAGAGGUUGCCAUCACUUGAACGAAUCAUGCGGUCUCUGGCGGUUCCCAAGCGUUUUACCGCAAGUAGUAGUGUAGACCAACCGAAGUUUAGGUUCAGCGCGAUUAAACUUCUGUGAAGUAUAGAUAUGUUACCCCACGUGUUGUACCGCACUUCUGUCCUGAUUUUGUAGGUCACAACACUCAAUUAUAAACUAUAAUUAUCAAACCAACUGUUACAGGACUUUUAUUCUGAAAAGUUCAAAAAGGGAAAUGAGGAGCACACCGGUUACACGCGAUGGUCAGCUGACUGAAAUGUUGACAAAGCAGCUGGCAGCUGAUGGAGGACGGAGAAAAGAGCGGUUGCCGACACUUUUGGCAAUGAGUCAUCGUAGUCAGUCAGCUGAGAAGAACUGACCGGUGUUUUUCAAAGGUACCUGUGUUACCUGAAAGCUGCCGAGUGCCUUUUCAUUCCGUCUCAGUCAGUGGUUAUAAUAGGCCAUCUUGGUUUCCUCAGAUAGUUUUCGUCUUGUCAGACCUGUUCUUCAUGUGAAAAGGUCAACAGGAGGAGAAGAAAACACCUGAAAACACUGUACUACCAGCAUGGACAUCCAGAACGAGAGGAGGAGGCUGCUGGAUGCGGAGGAUGGAGACGAGGAUCCGACCGGACUCAUGUCCGAGCAGGAGGCUUACCUGAGGUCAGUGAACACACCAGUGCACACAGGUAUGAACUCCGACUUCAUACAGCCUGUUGGCCCCAUUAUCUCGCUUUAAGACGAGUAUUCAGUCACUUUUACUCACAUAACACAGAGCGCAGGGGUGAGUUUUAAACGAUCUGCGCAUUUUUAAUGAAUGUUGCAUGGAUCCUCAUUGUUUUAGACAUCCAUGUCUACAAUUUAAAUCGAGAAUUGAUGCGGUUUCUUAGAAAAGUCUUGUUUUUAAUGUAUCCCUGAAUGUUUCAAUGUGUCUGAAUGUCUGAUGUUUAUUGUGUAAUCAAUACAGUAUCUGUCCUAUCCUAUUUUGUCCUUUUGCAUGAUGAUGUAAUGUUUACUGUAGUGCACAGCUAAUGAAACAGCACAUGAUAUUACAAAAUUGCCUUGUAGACAGUAUUUUCAUCCUGGCUCCUGGACUAAUGUCUCUUUAAGCAGCUGCAAACUUGCUUCAGUAUUUAUUUUCAUCUUUUCUGCUGUGAGUUUAAACUGGACAGAGAUUUGUGCAUAAAUUCAGUUGUACAACACUGCAGGUUGACUGGUGAACAUUUUUUGACAUUACUCCAAUCAUGCAAUACGCUGCAUUAAUACAGUUCAUACCAUUUUACUUUGUUUUUACUUUUCCUCUUUUAUCAAUAGGAUGCGUUUUUUUAAGAUCUGCAUAUCUUCUUUAGGGAGGGGACAUCAGGGAGGGCUGGAGCUUAUCCUAUCUGUCAUAAGGCAAUGGUCAGGGUACAUACUGGACAGUCCGUCUCAGGGCUGAAACAUAGAGACAAACAACCAUUCAUGCACACACUCACUCCAAAGAGCAAUUUAGAGUGACCAAUUCACCUGAACUGUUGGUCUUGCUUGAGAGAACCCGUGCAUGGAGGGAGAGACAUGCAGACUCCUCACAGAAAGGCCCGUGACAGGUCUGGGAUUUGUAUCAGCACUAACCACUGUCCCACUGUGCUGCUCCUGGCUGCAUACCUGCAGAAUUGUUUCAACUGGUGCAGAUUUUUUUGAAGUGCUGUAGAAAAGAAAUGAAUAUCUGCAAAAUCUCUCACCAACACUUACCAUCCAGAUACUUCUCUCACAUAUUAUUAGGAUCAAAAACAUGCAGCUCCUCUUAGAUAUAAGCACUGAUAUUGAUUCUUCAACCCACACAUGGAGCCAGUUUUAGGUUAUUCUUUAACUGAAGCAUUUUUAAUGUGCAAAUAAACUUGUGUAAUCAGUCUUUGCUCAAAGUUACCACACUGACCUUUGACCUUCACACCCUGUCCUCCUCGUCUCUCCACAGUAAAGUGAGGAACAAUAACUUGUACCUGGCGACCUUGGCAUCUGUUCUGGGUCCCAUGAGCUUUGGCUUCGUGCUGGGGUACAGCUCCCCUGCCAUCCCUGAGCUCACCAGGAUCUCUGACCCUCGGCUGAGAUUGGACGAUGACCAGGCAUCCUGGUUCGGGGUAUGCUGCUGAAUUUAUAUCCCCAGUGUCAAAAAGUAGCUCAGUAGCUGUGUUUUUCACUUGGAUGCAAUUUUGCAGCCUCAGAUGUCGACCAUUGGAUUCACUUGGGUUCAGACAGAAUGACCACAUAAAAACCACAUGGACAGAAGUCUCACCGAGAGUAAAACCCCACAAUGUUUCAUUCCAAUAAAGAUUUAGUCACCUUAAAACUUAAUUUACCCUGAUCCGAGCAGAUAACAGGGCUAAAAUGUACAGUUCAGUACAGAAGACACAGAAGGAUUAGAUUUGACAGUUUGAGUAAAUGUAAACUUGUUGAUAGAUCUCCUUUAUCCUUCCUGACUCUCUCGGUUUUUGUCUCACAGUCCAUAGUGACCAUUGGAGCGGCGGUAGGUGGCCUGCUGGGUGGUUGGAUGGUAGAGAAGAUCGGCAGGAAGCUCAGUCUGAUGUUCUGCUCUCUGCCCUAUGUCUUCGGUUUCACCGUCAUCAUCGCAGCGCAGAACGUGUGGAUGCUUUACAUUGGCAGAGUGCUCACCGGCCUCGCCAGUGGGGUCACUUCUCUGGUCGUCCCAGUAAGAACCUUCCUUUUACAUUUUAAUCAGUCCUACACCGAUGAGCCACCAUCAGUACUAGCUGAUGUGUAUUUUUAAGGUUAGGAGCCAAAAUCAUUUAAAUUAAAACAAAUGAGACUUGAAAUAUUGAGUUUUACGUGCCACAAAUAUUAGAGUCUCUGAAAAUCUACCUUUUGAAAAUGACUUUUUCAUGCUGCUCUCAGUCAUUGAGAUGCAUCUGCAAAUGGAUGUGAUGAAGAGAAGCAUCAGAGAAAACCCAUAAAAAUCACCUUUGUCAGCCCCUCCUCGGUUCUCUUCUGUUCCUCCUGAGUGAUUCUCUUUUUUCUCCACAUUUAUUCAGCUGUAUAUUUCUGAAAUGGCCCACGAGCGGGUCAGAGGGACGCUGGGCUCCUGUGUGCAGCUGAUGGUGGUGCUCGGCAUCAUGGGAGUUUAUCUGGCAGGUAUGUAGACUCAGCCUAAUGUAUCUGAACUGGUUAAAAGAUAUAAAGCUGAAUCAUCAGAUGGCCACAUGGUUCCUCUGACUCAGCAGUUUUCAGGCUGUAAAUCAUUGAGAGAAUUUUCAUGAUGUAACCCUCAAUGUUUCAGUAUCCAUCACUGUUCCUGCCGCGACUCUCUGCCCCCUCUGUUUAUUCUCUUUCUUCUACAAACAUCCUGAGAUGUUGCAGUUUUUGCUUUGAGCAAAUUUUUCGUGGUCUGCUGUCCCAAUUUCAAACCUUAGGCUCAAAGGUUGUAAAGAUAAGGUGAUAAAACUUGGCCAUUAUGUCAUGUGGUCAUCUUCAGAGAUGAUUAGAGUCUACCUCUGCCUCUCUGUCUGACCUGUGUGAAAAUAGCUGCUCCUGGUAAUCUUUUUAGCCGCAUGCCUUUCACGUUUACUCAAUAGAUGCUGGAGUCACAUGAGGGGGGUUGCUUCGUGUUAGAGGAUGCUGAAUACUUUUAUUCAGUUUGGUGGAAUGGUCCUUUAAAGUGCAACAAAUGAGGUAUUUGUCAAGUUGAUGUCACACAGAGGACAAGAGGAGGAGAGCCAGGCUGAAGAGUGUGAGACUGGUUGUUUUUAAUCCAGAGCUUUAUUGUUCUGGGAAUUGUUCUCACUUUUUGACUUUUAUUUUAACCUCAUAGCACUCCUACUGUUCCCUGCUGCACUGAGAGGAGAGGGGAAGAUCACAGAACAUGUACCAGUGUUUAGGGUUCAAAGCUGCCUCCUCCUGUCAUUUUUAUAUGAUGCUGUAAAAUAUCCCUAAAGAGACGGAGAAAAGACAUUAGCUUUCAGAGUGUCUUCAACCUAUUUCCAUCUAUUAAACCAGCACAGUCAGCAGAGUCCUUCUCAUUCCUUCUUUCAGUCAGACUGGAGGAAAAUUUUCUAAAUGUCAUCCUGAUCACUUAGUGAGAGACUAGGAAGAUGCCUUCCUGGUGCUUGUUUCAUUGAAGCAUUUCAUAUUCUGAUACGUCAUCGUUCCUCUUCCUCCGUCUACACAGGAGUAAUCUUUUUAUCGUCUUGUUCUCAGUUUUGUCUAAUUAAGCAAACUUGACAGUCAAACAGCGUUCAGGUCCUGGUGUUUUCCCUGAACCACUACGUUAGUGUGACAUGUGCUGUUGGGAUGAACACCACAUGAACGCUUCUGCAUGGGAGUGGAACAUGCACCAUCAUCACAAUGACUUCAGCCACGAUCAGAGCAGUCCUCUCUGUUGCUUACUGUUGCAUUGAAGGUCAUCCCACAGCACUUUCACUUCCUUCAAUAAAGACCAAAACAGAAAAAUGCUUUGAUACUGCACAUUUGCUUCAGUUGGGGUCCGGUGAUUUCUGCUGCACAGACAGAAUCACAGAAUUUGCACACUCAAAAUGGAAUCAAUAGGGGCACAGAUGGCUUCGUGCUUGGACUGCUGGGUGUAAUGAAAUGAUCCCCACAUUAAAGUUGAUGUGAAGUCUGUCACAAACCAGCUGCUGCUCAGUCCAGUUGAGGAGAAUCUAGUGCAACAAUCUUAUUAGCAGAGACGUAUUUUUAGAUACAAGACUAGCUGGACUUCACAGUGUCCAUCAGUUCAUCAUGACCCAUGUAAAAUCCUGCAGGUCUCUUCCUGGACUGGCGCUGGCUGGCGAUCUGCAGCUCCAUCCCUCCCACGCUGCUCAUGGUCUGCAUGUGCUUCAUGCCAGAGACGCCGCGAUUCCUGCUGUCACAGGGAAAGAGGCGGGAGGCAGAGGAGGCCCUGCGCUUCCUGAGAGGACCAGAUGCCCCCGUGGAGUGGGAGUGUGCUCGUAUCGAGGACGCCUGUGAUGAACAGGUGAGUCUGGCUGACUCAGUUUGAUACGAUGGACAGAGUCAGCCGAUGAGAGUGUAAUUGGGAGGUUUGCAGGAAGUCUGAGACCCUCUUCAGACUGCCAUGAACUAAAAUAGCUUAUUGAUCAUUGGGGUCUGCUCUGUUUCCUCAUAAACAUAGCCCUGCUGUUGUCUCUCAGGGUUCCAGUUUCCAGAUGUCAGACCUGAAGGACCCGGGUGUCUACAAACCUUUGAUUAUCGGCAUCUUUCUGAUGAUUUUCCAGCAGAUGACAGGGAUCAACGCCAUCAUGUUUUACGCUGAGACCAUAUUUGAACAGGCACAUUUUGCGGUGAGGGAGAAGUUGGAUGGUCAUUCAUAUUAUUAUUAUUAUUUUUUUAUUAUUAUUAUGAAUAAUAAUAAUGAUAAUAAUAAUAAUGAUAACUAUUAUUAUUAUUAUUUUAACUGGUUACUGUCCUAAACUGUCACCUGUAUCGUUUACUCUUAUUUUAACAAGGCUCCUUUUACAUCAGCUGUUGCCUUUCACAGUGCUUUAUUGUAACUUUGGUGAAGUUCUCGGAUUUAUUAUUACUGGAUAACACAGGAUAGCACAGCUUGGUCCUUUUUAAUACGCACAUCUAUCUGCACUUUAUGGGUUUUGCAAACUCCUUUUUCUGGUAUUCUGGUAUUUGUAAUUGCAUAUAUGAUAACGUCAGGAAGCUCUCAUUAAUAACACAGCUGAAUCUUGUGUUGAUGGUGUCUGUGGAUUGAUUGUUGUUGUUGUGCAGCAAAGCGACCUGGCCUCUGUGAUCGUGGGUCUGAUUCAGGUGGUGUUCACAGCAGUGGCAGCUCUGAUCAUGGACAAAGCUGGAAGAAAACUCCUUCUCAUCAUUUCUGGUAUUUUCAGUCAAAUUUGAUUCAUUUAAAGAAUCAAACUGAUUUUUUUUAUUUGCAUGUUUAGCCGGUUUCUCUUCCCUUGUUUGGAUUUUGUUAUUCUUCAUCCAGGUGUUUCCAUGGCCAUCAGCGCCACAGCCUUUGGGGUUUACUUCUACCUGGUGUCCCAGCAGCACAGUGUUGCCACACCGAGCACCUUGUUUCAGGAUGUCCAGAGUACAGUUGGAUUGGCACCUCACCGUGACCUGGCCUGGCUGGCUCUGACCAGCAUGGCAGUCUUCAUCACAGGUGAAAAAUUACCAUCCUCACCCCUCCUCUUCCCACCACUUCCUCCCUACAUAUACAGCCCAAUUCCCAGAAAUGUACGGCUCAGUGUAAGAUACAAGAAAAACAGAUCUGAAGAAUGUGAUUGUUUCAUGAAGAAACUGCUCAUUUUCAAUUUGACACCAGAAACAUGCUUCAAAAGAGUUCUGCCAGAGACAAGUGAACCUUUGUGUUUGCCAGGCCAUGGUCUGGAGUCUGACAGUGAACUGUUUUCCCAUUCUUGACUAAUAGAGGAUUUCAGCUGCUCAACAGCUCAGGGUCUCCUUUGUCCUGUUUAUGGUGUCAUGAUGCUCCAAAUGUUGUGGGACAAUGGGGGACAAGUCAGGACUGCAUCAGUCCAGUUUCUCAGCAGGACUUUUCUCCUACAGAUCCAUGCUGUUGUAAUCCCUGUUGUCAGAAUGUGGUUUGUCAUUGUCCUCCUGAAAUAUGAAGGUCCUCCCUGAAAAAGUCUUUGUCUGGAUAUCAGUAGAUGUUGCUUCUAAACCUGAAUAUAUUGUUCAGCAUCAAUGGAGCCUUCACAGAUGUGGAUUUUUCAAUUUCUGUUUUGACACACUGUCUUUGCACUACCUUCAAGGUGAUAGAGAUUUUCAAUUUCAUCUUCUUCAGGAUUGGGGUUGUGUUUGACUGAAUGUUUUGGGAUUGUGGAGUGCUGCUCAUUCAAACAUUUAUAAUUUUGCAAAGUGAAAUAGGAUCUGCAGGAAUGGACUCUCUUUUAGAGUCAGCCUCAUGUAGCCGUUUCAGGAACUGCAGCUCUGCUUCUCUGGUUCUCUGCCUCAGUUUUUAGUUUCUAAAAGCUUUUAUCAGAGUUUUUGUCUCUGAUAAAAGCUAAAUUUCUUAGUUACAUGUCUGCUGCUCAUGUACUGUUUUAGAGCAGAUUGGUCAGUAAGUUCAUUAAAUAUUGUAAAUCAUCAGCAGUUGUUGUUGUGUUCAGGAUUUGCUCUUGGUUGGGGUCCGAUCCCGUGGCUGGUCAUGUCAGAGAUUUUCCCGGUCAAAGUAAGGGGGGUUGCCAGCGCCAUCUGUGUCCUCACCAACUGGAGCAUGGCCUUCCUUGUCACCAAAACCUUCCAGGACAUGAUGGUGAGUCUUUGACAGGAGUGUCUUUACAGGGGUCAUGGAAGGAAAGAUUUUACUCACAGAAGUGUUUUGUGUUUCUCUGAUCAAGGUCAUGACUUCAGACUUAGUUUCGCUCUGGGACUAAAAUCCAGCAUGAAUAAUAAUAAUAAAGUGUGCAAAUAAAGCAGCUUUAAGCUAACAGGGGCUUUAUGUUUAAAAAUACACCUUCCAUAUUCACUCAAAAACAAAUAACUGUGACCUUUUUCCAGAACCUUCUGACCAGCGCUGGUACCUUCUGGCUGUUUGCUUCUAUGUGCAUCGUGAACUCCAUCUUCACCAUCGCCUUCAUCCCAGAAACAAAGGGAAAGACUCUGGAGCAGAUAGAGGCCACUUUCAGAGGGACAUCAGGGCCAUAAAAGACCCCUCACUGCACCCCCAGUCCAAAGAAAAAUCAGCACAGGGGUCCAAAAGGAUGAAGACUCUCAGAGCUCACUUACGUGGACUGAAGCUCACAAACUCUUUUAAAAGCUGACAGAGAAUCUUCCUCAGAAGUUGGAUUUACUGCAGCAGAUCUGGGAGGAAGUUCCUCUUUAUGAAGGUUUACGUGUUCAGUUUUAUGUGUAAACUGUCUCAGAAGUCAGUGAGGAGUAGACUCCAGUUUAAGAGCCUGAUGUUUUGGGAUUUGGUUGUUUUUUUUUUUUAAUCAGAGGUGAUCAUAUGCAGUUCAGCUGUGACUCUAUCCUUUACGACAGGUCUUUAGUUUGGCAGCAUUUCAACCAGCCUCUAAAACAUAGACCAUUUUAUUGUUUCACUCUAACCUACAAUAAUCCAGCUCAGCUUGGUGGUACAUGAUUAAAAUGAAGACUGCGUUUAGGUCCUUAUAUGUGGGUGUGAGAUUAUUAAGUCCAGAAAAAUGCUUCAUCUUAGUUAAUCUAAUCUUGGGGAGUCCAGGGAUCACAUCACAGCUGACAAGUCUGCCUGUUAGUCUGCAUAGUCUGUUUUCAAGCAACCAAAGCUGCAGUUACACUACUUAGACGUAGACUGGUACUAGUGCGUGUCAGAUACCACAGUUUGGUCCUUUUGUAUGAGGAUUCACUUCUGUAGAAGCAUUAUUUGCAAAGUGCAUUAAAUAAGACACAGUUCACAGACUAACAGAACUUGUUAGGAAAAUGUUUACUAAGGGAAUAAAUCCGGGACAGACAAUCCUUGACAAUCUGAUCUAAAGUUGUCCCCUGCUGGCCCUCAGAGAAAAUGCAGGUUAGGGGCAUUUCUGCUUUGCUUCGAUUAACAAUGGGCUAGACCUACUUUUUAUCAACACCCUUUAAAACUGAAUCAACUGAAUGAUCACAUUGAAGGAUUUUGUCUUUGUUAAUAUUGAACUGUAUUUCUAUCAGUGUGUUCCACAUUGAUCAGGUCAGAAAAAAGGAAAACUCCUCCAACAGCAUGUCACAACAGCCUGAAAUUAGGCUGUUAAAUGCAGUUUUUUAUGGGUUCUGAUCUUAAAUGUGUUUUCUGUGCUGAGAAGAAAAUAUAUAAAACAAAUACAAUUUAACUAAAGGCUGUAGAAGAAAGACUGGACUCUUUCAAGGUCACCCUCCGGUCAACUGAGAUGGACUCUUCCACUGUAGUGGAGUUUCAGGAUUGAACUCAGCAUCCUGCUACCUCAAGAAAUACAAGUGAACACUGCCCUCUACAGGCCUCGCUGCAGUAGUUCACCUCUCUGUCUUCACAUUCAGGUCAUUUGAGGUCGUUUCCAAUGUUCACUUAUAAAACUGAGAAUCCUAUACAAAGUGAUAUGAGUGAAUAGGGUUACUUCAUUGCUGGAUUUAGAUCUCACUGUGAAGAAAUUGGUGUAAAAUCAUUCUUUUAGUUCUCCUGUUUAGGAGGGAAAUGCCACUGUAAGCUCCCAGUAAUGUUCAUAAAAUUUAAAUGUUCAUCUCCAACUGUCUGUGUUAGCACAGCCCAGUUUUCACCUCUCAUUAUCGAUGUGAACGCUCAGAUACUACCCUUCUGACUCUGUUUUUCUCAUCAGGUUAAAGUCAGCAUGACACCAAAAGCACCUGAAGUUUUUUCCCGAUGAAAGAAGCUGGUUCUGUCCUUAAGAAGUGUGCAGACACAGAGACUCUGAUUAAGUUCUGCUUUUCGUUAAAAUGAUGAUUUUUACUGGGACUGUAGUCUGCUAUUUACACCAACUGUGUCAACUGUUGAUUUAAAAGUUUACAGUUUUCAUCUUUUAUAGUUUAUGAAAAAGGUUUAGGGUCCAAUGUGAAAAAGUUAGGGUUAGGGUUAAAUCCUGACUAAUUGUUAUAGGUAAAAAUGUUAUAAGAAAAAUAGGGUCAAAAGUUUGCAUUACUGUGCAGAUGAAUGAAAUCUGAACCAAAAAAUGAGUAUAAAAAAUAAAUAAAUAAAUAAAGUAUUCAGCUUAAUUUUGCAGAAGAAAAAAAAAUAAGACAGUGUGCCUGGCUUUAUUUCCAGGAUCCUUAUUUAUCCACAUUUUCACAUGCAGCCCCAAAUAUCUUCUGUUAUAACUGUGUAACACUCUCUUAAACCACUAUCACAAAAAUCAAAAGUUGUCUACUGUUAAGUGUUAAAGGGCAAAAUAUUCAGUGUGUUUUUUAUAAUCACUCACUUUUGGAAUGAUCUUGUAAAUUAAAUGUUCAAGAAAUAUUUAAAAAAUAAGCCAACUUUUUUUUUUUGCUGUUAAAGUGGUUAAUUGUCCUUUUGAAGUGGUUAAAUGUCCCUUUUUUAAGAGGCUGUUGGUUUGAAAUUAGGAAAUCACAACUCUUUAAACCUCCUGCAUGAAACUCGGUGUUGACUGUGGACUUUUUCCUCUCAAAUUUGUUCUGUACAUGCAUAAGAAAUGGUUUCUGUUCCAGCUUAUCACAUUUUGUACAUUUGCCAAUUUAAAGUAAAAAUGAGUGUUAUUCAACAUACUGAGAUUCUUUCUGGUUGGUUACGAAACACACUGACUUCUAGAAACUCAAGUUUAAUGUCUGAAUCAGUGUUGUGCAAAGUGACUAGCUCCUGAAACCGCUUUUAUUUCAUAUGAUUUUACAGCAAAGAAUCUGAAUGGGUAAACCACUGGACUUUUGUGAUUAAUCAGUUGGGGCUUUUGUUUAAAAUGAAUAAAGAAAUAAAAUAAAUCAUUAAAA